CAGGGGCGGCAAAGUGCACUGCCUGCCUUCAAGAAGCUCUCCAUUAUCAGUAAGUCGGUACGUACCGAGGCACGCGCGAUUGUUUUAAUCCGAUCAGCGACUCGUACCGUUCGCUAGAACACAGUCCGGUCUCGACGACGGUAGACCGAGGAAGUAGCAGCUAUUGCUAGCUAGCAUCAGGAUUCCAAAUCCUUCGGAAGCUCUCAGCAGUGAUUGCAUCUGUGCGAGGUCGAAGAUAAGCUGUUCUAGGCGAAACGCCGCGUAAAACACGUGUUUAAAGUGCAGUGUAAAUUUGAUUUCAUUUUAUCCAUUACCGGCGUGAAGGAUUAUCCAUUACAAGAGAAAGAGAGAGAGAGUAAGAGCGAGAUCAUCAUGAAAAAAUCCACACUGGACAACAUUGCCAUUCUUCUGGCGGAACUGAUCGGAACGGCACUGCUGGUGCUACUGGGAUGCAUGGGCUGUGUUUCCGGACUGGGCCAUUUGCCGGGUCACUUCGAAGCGGCCAUAAACUUCGGUCUAGUGGUGAUGAUCAUCGUACAAAUAUUCGGUUGCGUUUCCGGUGCCCACCUCAACCCGACGGUCACCGUUGCCGCUUGGAUUUAUGAAAUGGUUUCUACCAAGAUGGCACUUGGUUACGUUGUAGCCCAGAUCCUGGGAGCUUUUAUGGGUUUCGGUGCAUUGAAAUUGCUCACCCCGGCGGAUGUGUUCUCUAGUGCAUUGGAAACCGGAGCAGGCUUCUGUGCGACAACGCCAAAUUCUAGAAUCACUGUGGCUCAAGCUGUCGGAAUUGAAUACUUGGUUAGCGGAGUACUGGUGCUGGUUUGCUGUGGCGUCUGGGAUCCCCGAAAUGCCAAACAUCACGAUUCGGUUGCGCUGAAAUUCGGUUUCACCAUCGGUUGUCUGGCCGUCGCUGCCGGUCCCUAUACCGGUGCCAGUAUGAACCCGGCUCGUUCUCUGGGGCCCGUCCUGUGGAACGGCGACUGGACCGCCCACUGGGUGUACUGGGUUGGACCAUUAUCGGCCGCGUUUAGCAUUGCUUUCCUGUACAAAGCAGUUUUUCGACGCGAAAUGCCACAGAUAACUAGUUCACCAUCGGAACUGACCGCUUUGAAUACUGAAAAAUGAAUCUGCUCAGAAAAGGCAUUGAGUUCCCCAUGGAACACUGAGCAAUCAAUGCCGAAACUAGAAGAAAAAGGAAAAAAACGGUUGCAUUUGAUUAAUGCUAGUGCCGUACCGGGCCUCAAAUAGGAUGACAGUAGACAGAAUACUUACAAUUCUAUUAGUAGUACAUCUAAAUCAUAAUGUAAGGUUAGAUUCAGGAGAGUCUGAAUAAAACGUAACUCCUCUGUUAUAAGUUUGCUUGAAGAUUGCGA